AUGGAGCGCGAUGUUACGGCUGCAGAUGUCACGCUGAACCGUUACAACGUCGCUCUUGCUCGCAGCAAGAAGGUUCUGGAGUCAUGGCUCCCCAACGAAAGCGGCACCGUUCCCCCAUACGACUCCGAGGGCGAGGAGGACUUCACGGCAGAGCCAGAAGAUGCUGGCAUCGGGUCAGAGGUCACAUUUCACGCCGGUGAUCUGCCGGGUAGCACCCGGUUGAGAAAGUCCAACCAUCAACUACUCGAACAAUUGCUGGGAAAGAAGGCGGCUGAGGCACACCAAAAGAAGACGCAAGACUCCGGCAAAAGCUUCUCGGCCGGGAAACAUGUCGCUGCAAAGCCUUUGGUGAGCAGACAGAAGGCAUCGCAGGGCGUGUCGAGGCGUGGUGACGAUGAUGACGAGGAGGGUGGUCGGUCUGCUGCGUUCCAAUCGCGAAAGCCCGCACCACCAAAACCCGCCCAGGUCAGCGACUCGCGUGAGCACCAUACCACCGAGGCGGAGGACCAGGAUGGGAUGUCUUAUGAUGAGGACUCAAAGCAGCGGACAAAGCGUUCGCCAGACAGACCGACGCCUACAAAGAGGAAGAAUACAUACCUCGACGAGUUACUGGCUCAAAAGGCGAAGAAAAGCAAGAAGAAUCGGAGCAGAGAGCAGUCCACAGCAUAA